GUCUUUGGAAGCGGCUGACAACACGCACACGUUUCCCGCCAUGUCUCCUAAGAGGAUGCACAAUUUCGUAGAGGAUUUGAAAUUCGCUUUGGCAAGGAAGCCGGAGCUUGGAGACGAUGAAGCCGUAAAAAAUAAGCAGGCCGAUAUGGUGACCGAAGCAAUCGGAUUCGCCGAUCAAAACCGCGACAAGGCGAAGCCCCUGGCAUCGGCGCAAAGCUACGGUAUCAAGCAUUCCCCCGAGGAGGACUUUGGUGGCGCGCAGCUCACCAUUGUGGCGCCCAGCGGCGACGCUGUGUCCAUCACGUCCGGGCUCAACGGCAUUUUCGGGAGCGGCUUCGAGACCUCUUCGGGUCUGCUGCUCAACAAUUACAUGGACGCCUUCGCUAAGACUGGAAAGCCCUUCGGACUGGACCCAUCGACGGCGAACAAGCUGGCUCCCGGCAAGCGACCCAUGACGUCCAUGGUUCCCAGCGUCAUAACCGUAGCCGCCACGCCUUCUGCGCUGGUGGGUGCCUUUGGUGGCAGCGGAGGACUUCCCGCCAUCUCGGCCGUGGCACAGCUCAUCACCUGCCUUCGCAUGUUCGCGCUGCCUUACUGCGUGUGGAACGACACGCGCGUGCAGCCCACGUUUCGAUCUACCACGCCUAACGCGGUCUUCGCGGAGCCCAAGUCGGCGCAUUUUGACCCGGCGCACCUGCUUAGGCAGCUGGGUUACAGCGUUACGGAGAAGAGCAUCGCAUCUGCUGCAACGGGCAUCGCCGUUAUGAAGACCGGCCUUCUGCUCGCUCCAAACGACACCAAGCAUGUCGACGGCAGCCGCUCGGGAGAAUAAA